AUGGAUAACUACGCUCUUGUUGCUCCCGAAAUGCUGAGUAAGCAAUUGCAACCGGAGUACUGGCAGAGUCCAGGUGUCCCUACUGAAGUCGGCAAUGACGCUUCCAGCCCCUCUCUUUCACAUCUCUCCCUACGGGCUUUUGACUCCUUCCUCUGUGAUAUCGCACAGUACGCCACUGACGGGCUGCGAAUCGGGGUAUUUCUGGACUACUUGACCCCCAUCUCCAAAGAUGCCACCGAACAGUCCUUUCCACCGACCUUCAGACUGUUAGCGGACCUUCUAGCCAACUUUCUCAGCGACUUCCAGACUGCUGUGGCUACUCUGGAACACAAGAUUCGACAGGGCGAACUGCGAACUCUGAUGGGUCUUUUGCAGAGCUUGCAGCCCUGGCCCUUACGACUGCGUCUGGUGGCCGGGCUGCUUCUGCAGACAGUACCCUCGCAACUGACAGCGUUGCACGCUGACUCCAGUGCCGUGCUCUUCCUUAACACACUGGAGGAG